AUGUUCCUUGCAUCGGCUCAAGUGCUAUGUCGCAAUUGUCUCUAUCGAAGGUUUCCAGUCUCAGCGAUCACCACGACUGCUCGCAAGGCGCGCUUUUCAGUAGUCGAUCUAACCCUUUCAAGGGCCACCAUCAGAACAACAACAACGACUCGUCCUACUCUUUCCUCCAACAACACCUUUCGUAUUCCCAACCUUUAUCAUAGACGUACUCUGAUUAUUCAGUCUGGUACUGCACAGCAACAACAGCAACACACCUCUUCUUCAGAGCCGGUACAACAACUACGGCUGAAGCUCUAUAAACGAACAACACCAUCAUCAUCAUCUUCAUCAUCAUCACCCAAUCCAAAGAAACGAGGAAGUAAGCAACAACGUGUUCGAAAUGCCAUUGCACGGCGUAUAAAACGACGACGUAUUGUCGAGCUAUAUCAAGUGAUUCGAGAGGAUCCUCUUUUAUUGGAGCAAUUGUCAUCUGACGACGUGCGUGCUAUGUUGUCAAUACUCAUACCUCAUCCUGAUGACGAAGAUACAACACUCGCUUUCCAAGUGAUGGAUGAUCUCGUUGGACGACGUGCUGAUUUAUUUUCCCACAACGAGUUUGAGCCCUUAAUAAGGCUCUAUGUCGACAGCGGUCAAGUGGAAAAGGCUGAAACCAUGGUACAACAAUGGAUGGAUGAUGGACAUGUACUACCGGAGGAUGCGAUGGCGACUUUGGUUGCUGGAUUGGCACGUGAUGGAAGGAUGACGCAUGCGGAAGGAUGGCUCAAGGAGAUGCAAGUGCGUGGAUACGCUACAACGAAUGCAUUGGUUGGACGUGCGAUGAUUGAAGGAUGGAUCAAGCUUGAUGAUUGGAUCAAGGCUGAUGAAACGGCGAAGCGAUUUUGGGAUAUGGAUGUGAUAGCGGCUUUGGACUAUUGCGGCAAGCAAUGCGUGGACGAAUGGCGCUUGGCGGAAGCAACUCGGUUCCUAAGAUACAAGUUACAACAUGGCAUCGAAGGCACAUCACUUGCUUCAAGGAUUAUCACAAAGUGCUUGUACACAUUUCGUAUGAAAACGGCUACGGAUUUAUUGUUGGAUACUUGCAAAUACAACGAUUUGGAUGCGGCACGUGUGGUGACCAAGAAGCUGCUUGAUUACUAUAUCCAACGCAAAGACAUGCGACAUGCAAUGUGGGUGUGGGAGACGACACGUGAUCUACCCGCUGUGGUGUCAGAAGAACAACAUGCCAAGUUAAUGUCAGCAUUUGCAGCCAGCAACUAUCACGAACAUUUGAUGAAGUUAUAUCGACAUGUUGCGCCUCGAUACCCGGGAGUUCUUUCUGUGGAUGUAUACAACAGUUGCCUAAGGAGCUUUAUCAACGUCAAGGCUUUUGAUUACGCGCUUGAGGUUUUUUCCGACAUGAGAUCCCACAUACCUACCGACGCCAUGACGAGGAAUACCUUUUACGCCAUGUACAGCUUAUGCGCUCAGACCGGCCGUGUGAAAAUGUUUCGUGAAUUAUUGAUGAUGGCAGGGGAAAUCGAUAUGGAGCUUGACUACAAGACCAUGAACGCUGUUAUGGCUUGUUAUUUGGUGGCAGAUGAUGUUGGAUCAGCAAUGCAAGUAUUUGAGACGAUCACCUCUACCCAUGGACCCGACUGUGUGGAUUACAACCUUCUCAUGCGUGCAACAGCUAUCAAUGAGGGUGAAAGUGUGGAUCUGUCAAAGCUUCUCAAGGUGUUGCAAUACAUGAACAAGCUCAACAUUGAACCUGAUCGAACCACCUUUCGAACAUUGCUCACCAUCUAUCGUGGCGCUGAUAUCGAAAAGCAGCUCUUUGAUCAGCUCUUACAGGAUCAAUAUGCCACCCGCCAAGACGAGAUUUUCUUGAACAACAUGGCCCUCACGCGUAUUGUGGAAAACCAGGGACCAGCAAAGGCAGCAAAAAUCCUAUUGAAAAACGACCGACGCCAUCUCUUCCCUUCUGUACCUGAGGACACACCCAUUCACACCAAUGGUUUGACGUACAAGUUGAUUAUGGAUGCAUUGGUGAAAUCCCCACGUGGUGCACAUAUUGCAAAUCGGAUCUAUCUUGACAUCAAGAGCCGAGGAUGGUUACCCUAUCGACCUGUGUACGAAGCAUUGAUCAUUUGUUGGGCAAGGAAAGGUCGUUUACAACGAGCAAGACGCAUCAUGCAGGACAUGGAGCAGGAUUUGCAUAUCAAACCGGAUGUCAAGAUUUAUACCAUGCUGGUCGAUGGUCUUUUAGCACAUAACCAUACACACCAUAUUCAAGACUUGCUAUCCGAGAUGCAACAACAAGGAUUACAGCUAGAUGACACACUCGUGGCUCGUUUGAAAAAACAUGGCCUUGACAACAAUGUAAUAGAACAAUAUAAUAAAGUCUCAUGA